CCUUUUCUCAAGGCUCCACUCAGCUCCAGUGAGGAAAGUGAGGACGGAGGGGCCCCCAGCUGACUCCCCCGUUGAAGGACUCUCUACGGGCCAGGAUGGAAAGGCGUGUCUCUACCCCCUCCCCAUACGAUCCAGCAUCAGACAUGUAUCGACAAUACCCUCUGAUGGCCUGUCCCAACCCUCAGCCUCGACCUGAUGAUGCUAAUGCUGCUACCGCCGCAGCAUGGAACCCCAUUGUGUAUGUCCAGAGGACGUGGAGACAUAAUGAAAUCAAAGACAUUGUAGAGGACCUACCAGACCCAAGUAAGGACGCUGUGAAAUAUUCAGCAGAAAUUAGGGUAUUGGUGGGUCAGUACAAACCAUCUGCUGCUGAGAUAGCCCAUAUCUGUACAAAGAAACUGGGACUCAGGUGGGCGGAUGUACAGGGACAGUUUGAUUGCAACUACCUGUGGGCUGUGAAUGGUGCGUAUCAGGACCAGAUAACGGCGCUGCUGUGAGGACUACCUGCAUCAGUUGGGAGACUGAGCCAUUAGCAAUGGUGGUACAGCACUGCAAGCAUGCUGAGAGACAACAAAGUACUCAGAAGGAAGAAAAAAAUAAAGGAAGAAAAAGUGAAGACAGAAACUACAGGCUGCCCAGAUGACGUUUUACCAGGGAGCAGCCCCAGCAGGGACCUGACAAGUGGGUGGAGUGCGCAAGUGUUACAACUGUGGGAAGCCGGGUCAUUUUGCUGCUGACUGCUCCGAGCCAACGAAGAGGGGCCCAAUGGGAGGGGGCAAGAAGAGGAGGAAAAGGAGCACAUGCAUGGACAGCCCCAUUCCAACAACAGCCGUGGCAGCCACCUCUCAAUCAAUGGCAGGUCGGGCAACCUCACGGGGUCCAGCAACAGCAACAGUGGGGCCCACAAGGAGUCCCUCCAGGCAGAGGACAACCUGGAGCCUGGCAGACGGGGCCGCCGGCACAGACGACCCUGUACAAUCCAGGACAGGGACAGGAGGAGGUGUAUUGACAUGAUGAUGAGAAGACAGGGACAGUUGUGCUAAAAUCCUCAGAGCAACAAGAGCAUUUGUUUUUAAAGUGUCACACCCUUCCGAGAGUAGAGCCAGCCGUGGAGGCUUGCGUCAAUGGGUGAAAGCGGCUCUAUCCCAGCCUCUGGUGGGGAUCCUGCACAAACUGCAACCAGGUGACUGAGUGAUGGUGAAAGACCUGAGACGAAAGCAUUGGAACCAGCAGAGGUGGACUGGACCAUACCAGGUGAUGCUGAUUACCCCCACUGCUGUUUGCGUAGCUGAGAGGUCUACUUGGAUCCAUGCCAGCCACUGCAUAAGGUGCCAUACUGCCCACCAGACCCUGAGGAUGGAGGACCAGAGACGCCGGAAGUCACCGACUAGAUGGCCAUGGGAGGAUCAGGUCCAGACUCUACGCAUAAUGUUUCUUGCUCUUGUCUUGAGCCUUCUCAUUACAGUUGCCAUAUGGACAGUGACUCAAGGACAACCGGUCCUGGAAAGACAACAUGGUACGGACUCGACUGAUGACCGUUCAGUCUCAUGGCGGGACUUAAAUAACAGCCACUCCAGCUCGAGCCAACGGCAGGCUCAGGACAGGAGUCCAGCAAACAAUAGCCGCUCCCAUAUCGAAAGAAGAAGAAGGUCGACGCAUCCACUGGAUGAGCAUCACAGUAGGAAUCACGAGGGAAUCACUUGGUGGUCACUGCUUAACUAUACAGUAAAGACUGAACUGAUGUUAGGAAAUACCUCCUGUUAUGUAUGUAGCUUGUUUCCACAUUCAGCAAUCUCCCCAUUCUUACAGUAUUCAGUAGAGGUCAGCAUUAAUGACACUCUAUGUGCACUAGAAGUGCUCUUGUCCAAUGAGAACACAGGUGGUCAACCCUCACUAGGCAGAACACUGAGGGAUAAAUGCAUUAAUGGUAAUUUGUCAUCAACAAAAGAUUUACGAAGGGGAUUUGAUUGUUCCCAUUGGUGGAGAAGAAUCAUCUUAGAACCUAGAUCCCAUGUACCAGAACCUAUUCAAGUCGAACCCCGGCAAACCCCAUUUAGGUCCUGUCAUUGUCACAACCCAAGCAAUAUUUCCAUUCCACAAUUUAAUGAAUCCUAUCUGGGAAUGUCAACAUGUGUCAAUUAUAGUGUUUUCCCAAUAGGAUGUAGCUGGGAGAAGGGAACAUGCAGCUCUGGAUACCCCUUUAGACUGAGGGUGGGGCACACCAUUAUUGAUGCGGAAACUGACGAUCGUUCUCCUCAUCAAUUUGGCUCGCCAACAUUUAUUGAUCAUUAUUGGAUUUGUGGUGAUAAAGCAUAUCUCUACCUACCCACAAAUUGGACAGGGUGCUGUAUUUUUAGUAAACUAAACAUAUCCCUUGUGGUAAUGCAUAAAACGAAUUCCUCCAUUCCAACCAGGUUAAGACUAAUUAAGAGGGACAUCUCGCAAUCCAAUUAUGUCCCCAGUGACUCGCGACGAUCCUCGAAAAUGGAAAAGUUCUGGAGCUGUUUAUUCCCCUGGUACGGGGCAUCGGAGAAUGCACAUGAGUUGGAUAGGCUAGGAUAUCAUUUGGAAUCCCUGGUAAAUUUGACCACUGCAGGGUUUUCUAUGAUAAGACCAGUUUUGCACGCCACUCGACUCAUGGCAACACAAAAUAGGGUGGCACUUGACAUGUUGCUAGCACGUGAAGGAGGGGUGUGUCAAAUGAUAGGAGAUCACUGUUGUACAUUCAUACCCCAGGGAGAUGACAAUUUGACUAUUGUAGUGGAACAUUUGAAAGAGCUUAGUGGUGUAGAUGAAAGGGAACACCAGCCUGACAUCGACUGGAAUCCGUUAGGGUGGGUUCAGUCAGUGUUUGGUGCUUGGGGAGCGACUAUUUUCCACUGGUUCAUCUAUGGUCUAAUAUUACUGAUUGCUCUGUUGCUAAUUAUCAUUUGUGUGCAGAAAUUGUUUAAUAAAGUGGUUGAUGUUGUUCUUACUUAUUUGCAAAUGUAGUAGGUGUAGAUGAAGAAUCUGAGAUUGAUGGACGACAAUCAGGUGAACAAAGGGAAAUAUUCUCACUGGACAGUGUAGAUAGAGAGGGUUCACAGUAUAUGAAUGAUUUCCCUGACCUAUUCCCUAUUCCUGACUAUAUCUCUGAUAGUGGGAUAACCCAAUUCUGAGCAUGAGGCUUAGAGGGAUGACUGUCCUUAUGUUCUGAUGAGGCCUGUGUUUAGACACUGGUUCUCCUGUAAUUUAGGGAGCAUUUAUGUUCUGUUGUUUUUUAUUUUACUCAACAAUGUAUUAUUCUGUGUGAUUAAACAUGUGCAAGUCUGUCUUGUGGUAUAAAGGUUGUAAACUCAGUUUCUGAAGGGAGAAAGCUUACAUGGAAAUAAGGUACUCGACAUUGAAGGCAUUUGAUUCCCUAUUAUCUUUAAAUUUUGAUUAUGUAUUUUUUUUUCUUCAUAUACUCUGCAACUACUGUUAGUAAGGUACCAUGUUACUGUUCUGAUUCUUCAGAAGGGACGGAGUUCCUUGAGAGGGGAAUGUGGCGGCUGAAUCAGAAUAAGUAGGGUAACAUAGAUACAAUGUUUUUUUUGCAUAUUAUGCUUAUGUGAGAUACUUGUCAUUAGAAUGUUUCCCUUUGAACUAUAGGGUUGGCAGUUGCACGUAUCCCUUCUCAGCUAGGGCUCAGUCACUUGGGGCCCAGAGAGGGGAGAGGUCAGGCUUGUCUUCAUAUGUGAAUGUAUCUGUAAAACCAUCUGGUGCUAUGCAGAAUAUCAGAAGGGGAGGAGGACAGAAUGAAACAUUGUCUAGUUGUCUCCACAAUGUCUGUACGCCAGUCACUCCCUCCUUUUCCCAUUGGGGGGAGGAGUAUGGCAGUGUCUGGAACCAUUGUAUGUCCCCUCUGAUGUUGCACUUAUCUUGAGAUAGUAUAUGACCUAGAGGCUCACUCCCCUCAGUGAGCUUGUCCAGGAGUGGGGUGUACUUGAGAGGGGGGUAUCUAGAGUUGACAAUUGAUAUAUGCCAUUGGAUGAGUUGGUGUUUUUGUACUAUGAAGUACCAGGAACGAGAUUAAAACCCCGUCUUAGAGACCAAACUGAACUAUAAUUUAUAGCGAAUGCUAUCUGGCUAUGGGAUACUCCUCUCUCAAGUAAAAGUCUUUCUUUGUGAACAGUUCCUAUUCCUGUGGUUUGUCAUGUCGACUAGGGGGUGGAUCUUUGCUAUAAAAGAUCUCAGUUGCCAUUAUGUUGACCACUCUCAACUUUUCAUUAGAGAUACUGAAAUGUUGAAAGUCAAAUGCUAUUGCAAAAGCUUAAUUAUUAUUAAAGGUGAAGUUUAAGCAUAA